GUAUUGCUGGAUCCAGAAUAGCACGGCCAUCCGUUCCGGGAAUGUCGUGGGCUUUGUGGCCAGCUGUGCCUUCUUCACGCUCUUCCAUGUGGGAACGCAAGAUGUGGAGUAUUUGAAGCGCGCCUGGAUGGCCAACGCCUUCUUCGCCGUGCCUUUUGGUUUCUUUGGUGCCGCCGUGAUUUGGCCGUUCGCGGCCGGCUGUGGGGGCGCGGUGGGCACCUUGAGCAACCAACGAAUUUUUACACUUGAGGAUGUCAUGGUGCAAGUGAUAGGCCUGGCUUCAGCUCUUUGGCUUGGCUUCUUCUAUGCCAAUUAUUCAGGGCCUCCUCCACUCUGACGUGACGACGCGGCGGGUCUUCCCGAGUCCGCCACCGCUUCCAAGCUGAGUAGAGGUGAACAGGCAGCGGACACGAGCCGAGCCCGGCAGUUCCAAAAACGAGCCCGGACGUCGCAGAUCAUGGGUCCCGGACGCUUUCGUGGUGAGAUCUCCAGUGCCGUUUUUGGAUGCAUGGAUCAAGAGAUGUUCAUCAUUAUGGUCACCAUGGUUGACCAA